UGGUCAGUUGCACUAUUUUCAGAGUAGAGGAGGAAGUUUUAGUCCUGUUUUGAAUGAAUUGGUGUUUUCCACCUGCUUUUUUUCCUCUUCCUGAAAACACAAGACUGUACAAUGGAGCCAGUGUUGCAUCUUUUGACAACGUCACAUGACGUGUUUAAAUGUGAGCUUCAUCCAACAGAGACAAACAGCUGGAAUCAAAUGUCAGUUUCAUCCAACAGAGCAAAGAUGCAGUGGAGUCUGCUCCUUGUGAUGGGUCAAUGUUACUUCAUCUCAUGUCAACUCUACCAGUACCACUAUGUUGAAGAUACAAAGACCUGGACAGAAGCUCAGGAGUACUGCAGAGAACAUUACACUGAUCUGGCCACAGUGUCUAACAUGACAGACAUUAAGAGACUCCUUGAAGAAUCUACAGGGAAUCAAACUGAAGCCUGGAUUGGACUGAACAACAGAGCAGAUGUCACCAGGACAUGGCACUGGUCUCUACCUGGAGUGGAGUUUAAAGAUGAUGGAACAAGAUGGGAUGAUGGUCAACCAAAUCAUGUUGGAAAUGUUGAGAACUGUGUUAUAACUAGAAAACAAGGCAAAUGGCAUGAUUUCCCUUGUCCAGACAAAAAACCUUUUCUCUGCUACAAUGAAAGUGGAUCCACAAAGAUCCAUUUGAUUAAUGAAAAGAAGAACUGGACUGAUGCUCAGAAAUACUGCAGAGAUCAUCACACAGACCUGGUCAGUGGAUUGAACCAGUUGGAUCAAGUAGAUGAAGUAAAACUCACUCAUGACACAGCUUAUUGGAUCGGCCUGUUCAGAGACACCUGGAGGUGGUCAGAUGGGAGCAGUUCCUCUUUCAGACACUGGGAUCAGACUCUGUCAUCAGGAGACGAAUGUGCAGUGACCAUGUUGAAUGAAGAACAAGGAAGAUGGAAGAACGCUGACUGUACUGACCAAAAACCUUUCUUCUGUUAUGAUGAUAACGUGAUCCUGAUCAAAGAAAGUAAGACCUGGGAGGAAGCCUUGAAUUACUGCAGAGACAACUACAAUGACCUGGUCUCCAUCACUAACCUUGAUGAACAGAGAUGGGUUCAAGAGAGAGCCAAGAAAGCCUCAACUCCUUUUGUCUGGCUGGGACUGCGUUACUCCUGCUUUCUGGAUUUCUGGUUCUGGGUCAGUGAUGAGGUAGUCAGCUAUAAGAACUGGGCCUCAGAUGGAAAGAAUGACGACUGUGACAUGUCUGGAGCCAUGGACACAGGAGGAAAACAUCAGUGGGUCAAAACAAUCGACAACAAGGAGUUUAAUUUCAUCUGUUCUAAUUCUUAGACUCACUGAUAACUGUCUUUUUAUUCAUAUACUCUGAAUGUUGGUUGUGUAUUAAACGUAUUCUUUCCAUCUGUCUUGAAUGGUGAAGUGGGAAAUGUAGGAAUCCCAACGUGAAAUGUGUAAAAGCUGUCUUCAGAUUGUGAGAGGAAGAAGCUCCACUAUAGUCAGUUGUAAAGUAGUGCAGCUUUACUGUGGAUGUUUAAAGUGGAAUAAGUGGAUAAUGUGAUGUGAUGAUGUUAACACAAUUAUCAUGGAACUGGUGCAGAAACACCUCAAAGACUCCAGGUGUCAAAUAACCAGCACCAUUUGUAUCUCAAGUGUGAAGUUUCUCCUUCUUUCUCACUUUCUCUCCUUUCUAACGUGUAGACUUCUCUCACAACACUGAGCUCAUUUGCUUUCAAGAGAAAACAGGGAGACUAUGUUAUGUUGAAUCUUUUGCUGAUAUUAUAUUCUAUAAAAUGACAUGUAUGUUAUGGUUAAUUCCUGGGGCUUGCUUUAAAUGGAUAGUUGAAUUCUCUGUUGGCGUGUAAUGUUCAUUUACUUCAGUUUGUUCAUCUACAUCUUAUCUACCAUUGAAUACAUAGACACAAGUUUAGAAGAUGAACCAUUUACCCAAUGUAUGUAAUCACAAACCAAAAAAAUCCAUAAAAGAAAUGAAAAGCUGUACGUUGUUAUUGGUUUUAUUUCUUUGAAUUCAUAUUUUCAUGUGUGAAAUGUCAGCGUUAUGUUUUAAUGAUUUUAUUUCAUUUGUCAUUUGUUUACAACACAUUUCCUCCGUUGACGUAAAGAUGUGCAUUAAACCUAGAUGCCCUACAGCAGGGGGGUCAAACUCAAAUUCAUAGCGGGCCAAAGUUUAAUAAAUGGUGUACAAUAAAUCAACCUGCAUGAAGGUUAUGAUGUUAAGAUUUGUUCAGGUGUUUCAUAGAGACAGAGUGACUUUGGAGGUUGUAGCUUUUGGUGAUGUUCAAUUGUAUUGUGUAUCCUGUGUUCAUCUGUCGACACCAGCGUCUUUAAAACCAACUAAACAGUAACCUCCAUGAGCACUAACGUCUCCAUGAAAUCAAAUCAAACCAGAGUCUUGCACUUUAUGUCAUC